AUGCUUAAAAACUCAUGUGAACUCAUGUUGAAAGAAUUGAAACAAUGGAUGACACCAGAAAAGGCUAAAACUUCAAUCACAACUUUUCCGUCUUCGGCUGAAAUCAUACCUAAACCGCUUGGUGUUGUGUUAGUCAUCUCCCCAUGGAACUAUCCGUUUUUGUUGUCCCUUGAUCCAGUCGUCGGAGCUAUAGCAGCGGGUAAUGUUGUGGUUUUAAAACCAUCAGAAAUUGCUCCGGCUUCAUCUUCACUGCUAGCGAAAUUGUUAGGGGAGUACUUGGAUAACUCUUCUAUAAGAGUUGUGGAAGGGGCAGUGGAUGAAACUACUGCAUUGCUGCAACAAAAGUGGGACACAAUUUUCUAUACAGGAAAUGGAAAAGUGGGACGGAUAGUGAUGGUUGCAGCUGCAAAACACCUUACACCAGUUGUUCUGGAGCUCGGAGGAAAAUCUCCAACUGUUGUUGAUUCAAAUGUCAAUUUAGAGGUUGUUGCAAGACGGAUAAUUUCUGGCAAAUGGGGAUGUAACAAUGGACAAGCCCGAAUUUCUCCUGAUUAUCUUAUAACAACAAAAGAGUUUGCUCCGAAAUUGGUAGAUGCUUUAAAGACUGAAUUGGAAAACUGCUUUGGAAAGAGCCCAAUAGAAUCAAAAGAUUUGUCGCGCAUUGUGAACUCUAACCACUUUGCUCGCUUGAAUUGUAUCUCUUCAUAUCAUAUCAUAAAUCAUUUUUGUUGUAGUGAAGGCAUCAUAUCAUAUCAUAAAUAUACUGUUAUUUUCUUGUUAUUUGCACUUUAG